AUGGCGUUUCCCAGGCUCAGGCUUUCUCAACGUCUUGUGGUUGUGGUUAUUGUGGCUCUGUUUUGUGCUUUGGCCAUUGAUUACGUUGAGGGUAAGGAGUCUACACCAAAGGAAAAGAAUUCAGCUUCUCCAUCUCCAUCAUCAUCUCCCUCUCCUGAUAAAGCUCCGGCACCCGGCCCCAGCAGCGACGGGAUUUUGAUUGAUCAAGGGAUUGCAUGUGUGCUGAUGUUGCUAGCCUUGGUGCUUACAUACCUCAUCCAUGAUUCAGAUCUUCCCAAGAUAGAAUGGAUGAAGGAAUAGAUGCCAGUGAGGAUCAGGAGAUUUUGUUGAUCGAAGCUGAUGCCAGUUAUAGCAUUCUGACUAUGGCUGUAUCACCAUGUUUCACUUAAAAGUCUAAAGCAAACAUACCUUAUUUUUGUU